GGGUACUACCUGGUGAAACGGCGCUUGCCUUCUAUACUGCGACGAAUAAGGGCCCUUCGGAUAUCAUCGGUGUUGCCACAUACAGCGUUACGCCGGGCCAGGUUGCCCCGUACUUCAGUAAGAUCCAAUGUUUCUGCUUUGAAGAGCAGAAAUUGAAUGCUGGUGAAUCUGUCGACAUGCCUGUUUUCUUCUACAUUGAUCCGGACUUCACGAAAGAUCCACAAAUGAAGGGCAUUGACACCAUCACACUCUCAUACACCUUCUUCAAAGCGCGAUAUGAUGACAACGGAGUUCUCAAGCCGGUACCCACGAACUGAUUACAUAGACUGUUUACUGUUUCCUAUCCAUCGAAACAGUGGCGCUUGGAUUGGCCACAUCCUAGCUUUAUAGACAAAACCACGUCGAAAGCCUGGUACUCUGAAAUGGUGUCGACGAUUUGAGGUUUCCUAAGCCGCACAACAAUCGUGAAGCGCCAGGUGAAGCUCUGGCGAAAUCCCUCGUAACCUUUCUCCAUAUCGGGAGACUUCUGAUCUCACGGGGAAGUUAUAUCUCCUCUCCAAAAAGAAUACCCAUAUAUGUAUCAUAGCAAUGGAUAUCUCACAUACUAGAGCACUAAAGAUGGCUUUGCUAGUAGACAGGCUGCGACCACGCUCGCUCGACGCCCUGUCAUACCACCAUGAACUCUCCGCGCGGUUGAAGUCACUGGCACAAAGUGGAGAUUUCCCCCAUCUACUCAUGUACGGACCAUCGGGCGCAGGCAAAAAAACCCGGACAAUUGCAACACUAAAAGAACUGUACGGUGCGGGUGUGGAGAAGAUCAAAAUCGAUGCCCGAGUCUUCCAGACGACGAGUAACCGGAAGCUUGAAUUUAACAUUGUAUCGUCUGUAUACCAUCUGGAGAUCACACCUUCAGAUGUCGGAAACUACGAUCGUGUCGUCGUACAGGAGCUGCUCAAAGAAAUUGCGCAAACACAGCAGGUCGACCUCUCCGCAAAGCAAAGGUUCAAGGUUGUCGUUAUCAAUGAAGCAGACCAUCUGAGCCGUGACGCCCAGGCAGCUCUGAGACGCACUAUGGAGAAAUACAGUCCCAAUCUGAGACUCAUUCUGUUGGCCAAUAGCACUUCGAAUAUCAUUGCUCCGAUUCGUUCCAGAACCCUGCUGGUCAGGGUUGCGGCACCAACGGAAGACCAGAUCUGCACUGUGCUCAGCGCUGCGGGCAAGAGGGAAGGCUGGCCGGAGGCGCCUGGACUCAAUAAGAGGAUAGCGAAGGAGAGUGGACGCAAUCUCCGACGCGCGUUACUCAUGUUCGAAGCUAUUUAUGCUCAAAGUGAGAAGGUGACGGAGAACACUCCGAUCCCACCUCCGGACUGGGAGGUGCUCAUUUCUAUUACGGCUGAUGAGAUUUUGGCUGAACGGUCGCCAGCUCGACUAUUACAAGUCCGGGCGCGCUUGUACGAUCUCUUGACUCACUGCAUACCGCCGACUACUAUCCUCAAGACCCUCACCUUCAAACUCAUCGCCAAGGUAGACGAUGCGCUGAAGCCCGAAGUGAUUAAAUGGUCCGCUUUCUACGAGCACAGAGUCACACAAGGGAGCAAAGUGAUCUUCCACCUCGAGGCCUUCAUCGCCAAAUUCAUGCGCAUCUAUGAAAGUUACCUAAUGGGCAUGGACUUCUAA